GGGGUGGCGGCGGCGCGGGCGGCUGGCGGCGCGGGGCGGUCCGGCGGGUUCAAAGAGGAAAACAUGGCGGAAAACAAAGGCGGCGGCGGCGGCGAGGCCGAGAGUGGCGGCGGCGGGGUCAGCGGCAGUGCGGCGGCGGCGGCCGCAGCCGGGCCCGGGACUGCGGGACCCGCGGGGCUGGAGGCGGAGCCGCCUCUCGCCGCGGUGCUAGUGGAAGAGGAGGAAGAGGAGGAAGGCGGCAGGGCCGGGCCGGAGGGCGGCGCGGCGGCCGGGCCCGAGGACGGGGGGGUGUCCGCGGCCUCCUCGGGCUCAGCCCCUGCGGCCGCUGCAGCCGCCGCGGCCUCGGCAGGUCCCGCGGGUCCGGGAGCGGCGAUCGCGGCCCCGGCCCCGGCGGCCCCUGCCGCCCCGGCAGCCCUGGCGGCGCCGGCCCCCGCGCCGGCGGGGCCGCCUCCCGGGCCCCCGGCCUCGCUGCUGGACACCUGCGCGGUGUGUCAGCAGAGCCUGCAGAGCCGCCGUGAGGCGGAGCCCAAGCUGCUGCCCUGCCUGCACUCCUUCUGCCUCCGCUGCCUGCCCGAGCCCGAGCGCCAGCUCAGCGUGCCCAUCCCGGGCGGCAGCAACGGCGACAUCCAGCAAGUUGGAGUGAUACGAUGCCCAAUAUGCCGCCAGGAAUGCAGACAGAUAGAUCUUGUUGAUAAUUACUUUGUGAAAGAUACAUCCGAGGCACCCAGCAGUUCUGAUGAAAAAUCUGAACAGGUGUGCACAAGCUGUGAAGAUAAUGCUAGUGCAGUUGGUUUUUGUGUAGAAUGUGGGGAAUGGCUUUGCAAGACUUGUAUAGAAGCACAUCAACGAGUAAAAUUCACUAAGGAUCAUCUAAUUAGGAAGAAGGAAGAUGUCUCAGAGGCUGUUGGAGCAUCUGGUCAGCGCCCUGUUUUCUGUCCUGUCCACAAACAAGAACAAUUGAAACUUUUCUGUGAAACGUGUGAUAGACUGACAUGUAGAGACUGCCAACUAUUGGAGCACAAGGAGCAUAGGUACCAGUUUUUGGAAGAAGCAUUUCAAAACCAGAAGGGUGCAAUUGAGAAUUUAUUGGCAAAGCUUCUUGAAAAGAAAAAUUAUGUUCAUUUUGCUGCGACUCAGGUGCAGAAUAGGAUAAAAGAAGUAAAUGAAACUAACAAACGAGUAGAACAGGAAAUUAAAGUGGCCAUUUUCACUCUCAUCAAUGAAAUAAAUAAGAAGGGCAAGUCUCUCUUACAACAGCUAGAGAAUGUUACCAAGGAAAGGCAGAUGAAAUUGAUACAGCAGCAGAAUGACAUCACAGGACUUUCACGGCAAGUGAAGCAUGUCAUGAACUUCACCAACUGGGCAAUCGCAAGUGGCAGCAGCACAGCAUUGCUGUACAGCAAGCGACUGAUUACUUUUCAGUUACGCCAUAUUUUGAAAGCCCGCUGUGAUCCUGUUCCAGCUGCUAAUGGAGCCAUACGUUUCCAUUGUGAUCCUACGUUCUGGGCAAAGAAUGUGGUCAAUUUGGGUAAUCUAGUUAUUGAAAGUAAACCAACCCCUGGUUAUACGCCUAAUGUUGUAGUUGGACAAGUUCCUCCAGGCACAAAUCACAUAAGUAAAACGCCCGGACAGAUUAACCUGGCUCAACUUCGCCUCCAGCAUAUGCAGCAACAGGUGUAUGCCCAGAAACACCAGCAGUUACAGCAGAUGAGGAUGCAGCAGCCACCAGCAGGAGCAGCAACUACAACAACACCACCACAGCAACAUCCUAGACAAGCAGCCCCUCAAAUGCUGCAGCAGCAGCCACCACGAUUAAUCAGUGUGCAGACAAUGCAGAGAGGAAACAUGAACUGUGGGGCUUUCCAAGCUCAUCAGAUGAGGAUGGCUCAGAAUGCUGCUCGAAUACCAGGGAUACCCCGGCAUAGUGGGCCUCAGUAUUCCAUGAUGCAACCUCACCUCCAAAGACAACAUUCUAACCCAGGACAUGCUGGGCCUUUUCCUGUUGUAUCUGUACAUAAUACCACCAUCAACCCAACCAGUCCCACCACCGCGACCAUGGCAAAUGCAAAUCGUGGUCCUACCAGUCCUUCUGUUACAGCAAUAGAGCUUAUUCCCUCUGUAACCAAUCCAGAGAAUUUACCAUCCCUUCCAGACAUCCCACCAAUACAGUUGGAAGAUGCUGGUUCAAGUAGUUUAGAUAAUCUCCUAAGUAGAUAUAUCUCAGGCAGUCACCUACCCCCACAGCCUACAAGUACCAUGAAUCCCUCUCCAGGACCCUCUGCCCUCUCGCCGGGAUCAUCAGGCUUAUCCAAUUCCCACACACCUGUGAGGCCACCAAGUACCUCCAGCACAGGCAGUCGAGGCAGCUGUGGGUCAUCAGGCAGAACUACAGAGAAGGCAAGUCUGAGCUUCAAAUCUGACCAAGUAAAGGUCAAGCAAGAACCUGGGACUGAGGAAGAAAUAUGCAGCUACUCAGGAACUGUGAAACAAGAGAAAACAGAGGAUGGCAGGAGGAGUGCAUGCAUGUUGAGUAGUCCUGAGAGCAGCUUGACGCCACCUCUCUCAACCAACUUGCAUCUGGAGAGUGAGUUGGAUGCAUUAGGAAGCUUGGAAAAUCAUGUCAAAACAGAACCUAUGGAUAUCAGUGAAAGCUGUAAACAGUCUAGCCUCAGCAGUCUUGUCAAUGGAAAAUCUCCAAUGCGAAACCUAAUGCAUCGUUCAGCAAGGACUGGAGAAGGCAACAAUAAAGAAGAUGACCCAAAUGAAGAUUGGUGUGCUGUGUGCCAAAAUGGAGGGGAUCUUUUAUGCUGUGAAAAGUGUCCAAAGGUCUUUCACCUUACCUGUCAUGUUCCAACACUUCUCAGCUUUCCAAGUGGAGAAUGGAUUUGCACAUUUUGCAGAGAUCUUGGAAAACCUGAAGUUGAAUAUGAUUGUGACAAUUUGCAACACAGCAAGAAGGGAAAAACUGCACAGGGCUUAAACCCCAUGGACCAAAGGAAAUGUGAACGUCUACUGCUUUACCUCUAUUGCCAUGAACUGAGUAUUGAAUUCCAGGAACCAGUUCCUGUUUCGAUACCAAACUACUAUAAAAUUAUAAAGAAACCAAUGGAUUUAUCCACAGUGAAAAAGAAGCUUCAAAAGAAACAUUCCCAACACUACCAAAUCCCAGAUGACUUUGUGGCAGAUGUCCGGUUGAUCUUCAAGAACUGUGAAAGGUUUAAUGAAAUGAUGAAAGUUGUUCAAGUUUAUGCAGAAACACAAGAGAUUAAUUUGAAGGCUGAUUCAGAAGUAGCACAGGCAGGGAAAUCAGUGGCUUUGUACUUUGAAGAGAAACUCACAGAAAUCUACUCAGACAGGACCUUCCCACCUUUGCCAGAAUUUGAGCAAGAAGAGGAUGAUGGUGAGAUAACUGAGGACUCUGAUGAAGACUUUAUCCAGCCACGCCGAAAACGCCUAAAAUCAGAUGAGAGACCUGUGCAUAUAAAGUAGAGUGACAUCACGGACCUAAAGAACAUUGUAAAAACUUACUUAAGUGUUGCUGGAACGUCCCGCCUACAGUGGCCACCUCCUUGAAGAAGCUGGUAGCUUGCUUUUAGACAGUAUUAGAUUGAAAAAUGUUUGGACGGAAAACAUUCUUGUCAAAAAGAGGGGACGGCUUUACUGCAGACAUAAAAGAAAAACAAUUGAUUUGAAGUUCCCUGUUCUUCCUGAAGAGGACGGGUCUCCGUGUUCUCACACUUAGAGAUGGGCGAAUAUUGGUGAUCAUGUGUGGUUUAGAUUGGUGUAGGAUACUGGCUGUACAGGUAAAUAAUUUGAGUCAUGUUGCUUGAUAAUGUUUCUCUUAGGACUGGACCAGUACAGUUACUAAAUCAGAUUAUUCCCAAUACUGAGUUCUUGUCUAGCUAAAGUGAAAGUAGCAUCGCUCAAAUUUCCCUCUAAUGUGGACUCAACACUGAAUCAUGAUUUUCAAUCAAUUCGUUUUUCUCAUUUGAAUGUUUUUGGGCCUAACCUAUGUUAGUUCAGAAAACUAACCUGGUUCUCAUAGCUAGGUGCAGAAAAUUCAACCAUUCCUUCACUUGUUAGUUAGCCUUCCCAGUCUUCCGAAUAGUGGGUACAAGUAGGACUGGGGCCAGUAUGGUGAGCCUAAAAAAAAAAAAAGAGAGAGAAAUACGGUAAUUUUUCAGUUGUGGAUCAUGCAUAUUUAUCUUAGAGUCCUAUCCAGAAACACACUCCCACACAAUUACACUUCCCAGGUUAACUCAUUUGAUUGUAUUGUUGCCCCCAUGAAGCAGGCAGAAUGUUCGUUCCAAAAUUAAUUUAGUCUUGUGUGCAUUUAAAUUGAGUCUGAGAAGGUAACUACUGGCAGUCAUCCAGUCUUCCUUCAUAUCAGUUUUCUGAUAGACCACUAUUGGCAAACAAUAAUAUGUCAACUACCAAAUGUGUAAAAUUUCCUGUAUUUCACUUUGUCUUAUUUGUAAAUAGUAAACUGAUCUUCUGGCAGAUCGGCAACAUUUGCUGAGCCUGUUUUUUAAGCUAAUGUGUAUUCUUACUAAUGUUCCUAUCAAGAAUGGAUUUGUAAUAUAUGCUGUCUAUUUCUAACAUCACAUUCAUAUUUUGAAGUUCUAUCUUAUUUUAAUAGAGAACAGACUUCUCAAAGCUUUCUUCAGAAACAGCUUAUGAAUGAAAUGUCUAAAAGAUUAUAACAAACCCGGUGGGGUUAGAUUACUUGUCCGUCCACCAAGUGGGACAUUUGCAUGAACUGGGGACUUAGAGGCCUUUGAAGAGGGUCAGGAGUCAGAGCCUGAAACCAGCCAGGCCCCACUUGAACGGUCCUUGGAGUACACCCACCUCUGCUGCCCUGAUCACAGCAUUAUGAGGCAGGAAAAUCAACUUUACUCUGGAAUGGUUCAUUUUUCUUCUCUUCAUUAGUAAUGCUUAGAUCCAAGACAUGUGUGAUUUAGCCCUUGUACAGGCUUCUCUUUUGUUAGCAAGAACAUUUUAAAGUCCUACUUUUUUUUUUUGGACAAAUGAGACCGUUAUAUGGUGGCCAAAAUAAAAGAAUGUGCUAUUAGAUAUUUUCUCAGACAAAGCAGAUUUGUGGCAAACCUUUGCCUUUUUUUUUUUUAAUAUACAUUCAGCAUGAGUAGUUCAUACAGUAUAGAUCAUUCAUAAGAUGAAAUUAUUUGACUUAACUGUACUGUAGAAGUAAAUAUUUUUGGCUCAUUUUGAACUAACAAAAACACUCUAAAGAAAUGCUUGUACAAAAUUCCUUUGGGUUGUUUCUUUUAUUUGCCAAGGGAAGAAAAACAAAUAACCUUGAGGCCUUUCUAAAAUAUUAAAGAAAACAGAAUGGAAUCCAUAAGUGCUGGUUUGACUCACCUCCCUGUGUGAUCUUAAAUUCCAAACCUUCCUGUAAAUUGAAUUACAAAAGAAGUGUUGAAAUAUUUUAGAAUUUCACUCAAGUUUGCAGACAACAGUUUUCCUCCAAAAGUAGUAGCUACCUUUUUUACUUGAAAGAACUUUUCUCUCCCUCUGAGUCUUCCCUCCCCCCCAUUCCCUUCCACUUCCUCCCUUUAUCAGUUUGGAAUGAGUGGGGAAACACAUUUGUUGGAAGGUCUUUUAGGUCAGCAGGGCGAGGGAGGGCAGGGGUGCUUUCCUGACACGGGCUGUGCCUUUGCUUUCUCUUUCGUGAUUCUUCAUUAUUGUCCCAUCGGAAAGAGGGGAUAAGGCGAGUUUGGUUCUGAAGGUGAAUGUGGUGCUUAAAGACCAUGUCAGAAAGAAAUCCUUCAAAUCAUUUGGAAUUUGAAGUGCAGAAAAUCAUACUGCUUUUCCAGUAGCCAGCCAUUCACUGCUGAGCAAAUAAGCUGAAGGUCAAAAGUAUUCACUUUAGACUUAGUUGCAUUUUUUCCUUGCAUACUAUCCAGAGUGUAAGCUCUGAUAAGGCGACUUCCUUUGAGUAUCCCAUAUUAUAUUGUGGCAGUAGCAUUGGACCUUGUUAAUAUUAGCCAGAAAUUAACAUGCUUCCUAUUCUGUUGCAAUCGAAGACCAAUUUUGAACAUAGAAUAACAGUUGAGGUUGUUGGUGGUUAUUUUGGUUUAUUUUGGAAGUCUUAUGUCCAUGUCUUCCUUAAGAAUCUCAAUAUUUUCCUAUUGGCAUAUUUCCUCAGAGUAGAAAUUCCUUAAAAAGUCUCAUUUGUCCAAUGCUUUCGGUUCUUUCCCACGACACCUACCCUUAGCCCCCUCCCAAGACCAAACCAAACCGAGGCCAUUAAAGUAAAAACCAGCUUUGUGAUCUGUGAGAGCUGAAAUGUGUGUAGUUUGCAACACCUGGCCCAGUGUGCCAUGGCUGUGAAGGGAUGACUUUGCAUGGUGAAUACAUGUAGGGGGAGUUUCGGAGCUUUAGGCUUUAGGACAUGCUGUGCUGGGAAUAAACCUUCAAGAUACCAUCAUAUAAUGAAGGGCCUGAUACUGAGAUGUCGUGUUUGAGUGUUCUGCUUUAUGAUGUGAAAUGUCUGGAUAUAGCCAAAUGAUGUAAGGCUUCUAAUUCUAAUAUUUGCUUAAAGGAAUACUUUUUUAAACAAAAUCACAUCUCACUUUUGGUUAUAACUGGCCCUAAGGUUUUUUUUAAGUUAAUCCAAAGACGUAAAGGCAGUUUGUUCUGAAAUAGAUGUGAAAAGUGUAUAGUGUGCUAAUUGUGGACUGAUCAAUUACCUCAGCAGGUAUCCUGCCUUGUAAUUACUAGUGAUUAGUGUUAACCAGCUAAAUAGAUUCAGGUCUCCUGACUGUGCCCUGGGACUGUGGCCUACCACGUACUAUGAAGGCUGUGUUCCUAUCCCAAAAAGGGGUACAAGACCACCUGCCUCAUUCCCUUUUCUCCUGACCCCCGUCUCCCCUCCCCCCCGCUUUUUUUUUUUAUUCCCCCAUCCCAUACACACGUUUAACAAGCAGACAUGCACUAUAAGUGCAGAUAGCUUCCUUCUUGUCAGAGCUGGCAUUCAGCACCACUUGCUGUCAAACAUCCUUAACAUUGGAUCAAUGAAAUAUUUUGUGAAAUUUUUAUCCCCUCAUAAUUAGAAAAUCUACAUUUAUGCUCAUCAUAAAACAUUCUUUACUAACUAAUCUACUGAAGUUUAGGUAACAGCAGCAAUGUUUCCAAAUUACAGUACAUUAUAACAACAUUCUGGACAUAGGUUCUUCCAUGUAUUUCCCUCCCAGUUGUCUCUUCCUUGAAAAGCAAUAAAACUGCUUUAAGUCUGUUGCCUAAUAGCAUGACAUAUGAAUCCUUUCCUUUGGACAGUGAUUUUAUAGGAAAGUUUGUAUGCAUAUCACCAAGACUAGCUUUUAAAAAAUAAAAAUAUAAAUGUGCAGGAGUUACUGACAAUAUAUUGUGGCAUUUUAUUUUAAAAAUUGGGGAAAGUUACAUAUUUUUUUAAAAGUAGGUGUUUGAGUAAAUAAUGGAGGUACUUUUUUUAAGAAAUAAAUUUAUAUGCCACAGUUUACAUAGACAUAUUUCAGACGUCACAUAUACACUUGGAUAUGGCAGUUUCUUUUACUCUGUUAAAAAUGCAUGUACAGAAAUUCUUCCACCAUAGUUCCUUGUGGUUGCCGACUUGUUCCUUUAUAAUAAUGCUUUUUAUUGAAUCUGAGAAUCAAUAGUUUUCAAAAAGUACAUAACUUUAACAUAACUGUUGAACUACAAAAUGUUCAAAAAUUCAGUUUUUCCCUUUUUCUAGCAAGUGAUCUUUACAAUUGAAGACUGUUCUUUUGAAUUAGCUGAAUUUCUACAUGGUAAGGCACUAAAAGCAUUUUGUAAGUGCCAUUGCAGCAUUCCCUUUUGAGUGUGACCUAAAUUUCAAACAUAAAAAGAAAUGCAUGUCUGCUACUGGUCUGAAAAAUGUAGGCAUUUAUUAUGUUGAAAAUACAAUGAAACAUGUAUAUAAGCCUAUAAAAAGAUUUGUGCAAUUGAAAGCCUGAUAAUUUUUUUAGGUAGAUGAAAUAACUACACAUGAAAGGGUUAAAUUCACAGCAUUCUUAAUGAUGGUUUUUGCUCCCAGUAUUUACUGGUACUUUUUUUUGCACAUAGUUAACUUGACUCAUCCUUCAAUAUGAUUCUUCAAAAAAAAGUACUGUUUCUGUGGUAUUGUAUUCUCUAAAUAAUCAUAUUUAAUUUUUUAAUGAGGUUACAGUUCCUAAUUGUUCCGUUCCUGUGUUUUUUGCUGGUGUGUAAUAAAGGCAAGUUUUUUCUUUUUAUGGUUAUUUAAUACAUUAGCAGCCUGUAAAUAUUUCUUGUUUAAAAUGCUCUGGAAUGUGUUGUAGAAGUUGUAUUAGAUCAGUUAAAAGCAUUGUUUAAGAACCACUUUGUUUUGGUUAUUUCUAUUAAAUUAGAAAAUGAAAAAGUU